AUGGCCAUCUAUUACGUCGAGCCUAGUACCACUUGGCGUAGUGCCCCGGAGCCUACUAUCCGAAGGUAUGAUGUCCAUGAACAUACAGCUUCGGAAUCCAGUGCCCCCGGAUCUAGUAGCUCGAAUCCUAGUACCCCAGAAGCUGCUGCCAAGUCAGCCGAGCCAGUGAAGGCAGUCAAGGCAUUCAAGCCAUCUGAGCUCCUCGACCCAUUCGCGCUAGUCAAGCGAGUAGGGCACGUCGAUCCAUCCAAGAUAGUCACACUCAAACGAGUCAAGCCAGCCGACCAAAAGAAGCCGGGGGAGGAAGACAAGCCGGUACACCUCCCGCGUGCAGACCGAUUGAAUCAAGUUCCAACCAAGGGAAAUGCACAAGGCCUUUUCCUUCCCGAUUGCUGUGUUUUUGUGGGAAACCUCUCUAUUAAGGUUUCUCCUGAAAAGUUGGAAGAAGAUCUUACAGAUAUGAUCUCUGCAUUUGGCCGGUGUCAUGUUAAGAUCAAAAUGUCACAGGGUUUGAAGAAACUCCCUGUUGGCUUUGUACAGUUUGAAGACACCAAAGCAGCAAAUUCUGCAUUGAAACAAAAUGGAAACCUGAUGCUCCAUAAUCGGGUGUUGAGAUUGGAAUCAUCCAAGGCUAGACGAACUGCCAAUUUCGGUUAUCUCUCUGAUGCUCCCAUCGAGAAAGCUGAAGUUGUUGCUGCCCUGAAGGGACGUGGUAGUCUCGAGAGCAUAGCCAUUGAACACUUUAUCAACUCAGAAGGGGUCGACUCUACCUUUGGCGUUGUCACUUUCGCAUACCCUGACGAUUACGCAGAUGCCCUCCAGCAUUUUCAAAACAACCCCGAUUUCUAUAUGAACAGAUCCACGAUGGACCCCAACGACACCCAGCUUCCUCAGGAUUAUCCUCCUGCAGGACACAGGCCGUCUAACCAACCUCCCCCAAACCGUGGCAAUCAGCAGCGAUACAACAAUGGCCGCAGAUCUUUCCACCGUCCAUGGUACAGCGGCAGCAACAACAACAACAACAGAGGCGGAUUUCGAAAUGCUCCUGGCGCUGCCCCCAGACAGCAAAACCCACCCUUUGCAAAUCACGGUCACAGUCAAAGCUUCAAUGGUCAGGGCCAUUCGCCUCAUGGCUCUUUCUCUCAGAACUACCCCGGUGGCAACGGCUUCCUCCAGAACAACUUCAACCAGGGCUAUCCCAACCCCAACUUCAAUCAGAACUUUCCUGGCAACAACUUCCACCCGGGCUAUCAGGGCAACAACUUCCCCCCGAACUACCCCAAUCAAAACUUCGUAGCUGCGGGUGCCUUUCCCAAUACUUCUGUUGUGUUCAACCAAAUGCAAAUGUCUGAAGGUCCACCCCCACCAUAUCAUGCUGAGUACGCUGCUAUGCCACACACAGGGUUUCCUGUGUUCUUGAGCAAUCCACCAUACCAGCCUCCCAAUACUCUUCCUCCAAUCAUCACUCAGCCUCAGCCUGUUGCUGGUCCUGUUCCUGGUUCUGUUCAUGGUCGCCGGCGAUUGCCCCCUCGCCCUGACUGUCCCUUGAUUGUCUCCAGCCAGCCCCAAUUUGACACCGAACAUCAUCUGCAACUCUACUACGAGCCCUACCCCACUGAGGAACCCGUCGCAAAUAUGCAGUCAAACUGGGCUGGUCAUCCAGGUGCUUGUUUCGUGCAGCCUGACUACAACCAGCCCUACCCGCCCAACCCACAUCCUCGCAGUCGCCAAUCUAGCAUGGAAAGUCAGCAGAACAUCAAUUCGCCGCCCAGGGCCAACGAAUCCGAGUCAACCUUGACACAGACUAAAGUCCAGACCCCUGAGAUUGAGAGAGGUCGCCAACUAGUUCGGCCGCGCCACCCCAACACCGAUGGAGGCUGUGACAUCAUGGCUCCAGUGUCUGCUCCUGCUAAGACCCAGAGUGACCCCGUCUCUAUGCAAGCUCUGGAUGGUCCCCCGGGAAGAAUUAACACGGCAUAUGUCAGCAAGUCCACCGAGAUUCAGACUGAGCCCGCUGCAUCUGUGAAAGAGCCUAUCGAGUCUGAGGACAAACCCACCGAAUCUAAGACUGAGCUCAACCCGCCUCAGACCGAGUCCACCUGUGCUCCAACUCAUGAUCCAAAGGAAGAAGAGUUGAUUGAUGAAACUAAGCCACCAUUGGAAAUCGACACCAAGGAUGAAGAAAGCGCUGGGUCCUCCUCCGAGGCCGGCCCCAAGACACCAGACACUGAUGAGUCUCGGGAAAGCGCUAAACUUCAGACUCCAGCCAAAGCUGACUCACUGAAAUCUGCCGAUAGCAAGACCCCUGAUACCGUCGAGACCCUCAAGCCAGUCGACAAGGGCACUCCAGACAAAGGCAAGUCUCCAGAAGUGGGCACACCCACUCCAACCGAGUGUGGCAGCAAAAGGCUCGAGCCCGCACUGCCAGACAACAAACACCUACUGGCCCGCCAUUCUUUCCAGCAUCGCAAGCCCCUCAAGAAAAAGUAUCAGCCCAAGACCGACACCGGCAAAACAGUUGAGCAGUACACCCGUGAGAUAAAUGCGCAGCGCGCAUCAAUUGACCCUGACUCGCGUGUCCCUGAACAUAUCCUGCAAGAGGUGAUCCAGGAGCUAGAGAAUGAGUGCAGAGUUCAUAUUCGGAAGAGCAAAGGUCUCGGUCCCAGUGAUAAGAGCAGUGUUGACAGUACUUCUUCGAAGAAGUAA